AUGCCUGUAUCUUCAACCAAGCCGCUCAUCCCCGCAAAGCUACUGCAAGAACUGGCAGCUGAUGAGCCGCUGGACUACACCUUGUCCAUGUCAUUCGAGCCGCACUGGCACAACAUCCGAUGUCUGAUACUCAAACCGGAGAGACACGAGGGCUCCAUGCACCCUGACGUUGUCGUUCCGCCGGAAGGUGUCCCUAAGCCGUAUGCGUCGCAGUACGCGGAAACCAAGAAGAAGACCUACCUUCAUUUCGCAGCUGAGACGGGCGAUCCAUGCGUAGCCUUGGAGAUGAUUCGAAUGGGCGCAACAAUCGAUCGGAAGGACGCUGGGGGUCACACGCCCUUGACAUCUGGUCUCAAGCGUCUGGCGGAGCUGGUACUCAUUACAGGUAUGCGGCAUACGCACUACGGACGGAUGUUGUGGUCGCAGCCUGCGCUGAAGAAAGAGCCUGGGACGCCAGACCUCAUGAUAAUCCGGAUCGCCUGGGUUUGCAAACUCCUCAUCCAGCAACACGCGGACGUUAACCUGGUUGUUGGAGACUACGCGCCUAUGGAUAGGGUUUGCGAAGUGGAAAACUGGGAACUUAUAACGCUACUCCUUGAACAUGGCGCCAAUCCAAACCGCCGCUCCCCUCGCGGCCUCCCUGUGGAUAGACUCGAGUCACGAGAAAGUAAAACCCGAUUCAGAGAGCUAGUCCGAGACAUGUCGAAAAUCAGUCAACGACCAGCCCAACCUUGUCCGUGCUGGUCCGGGAAGCUGCUAUCCGAAUGUCACGGAAGGGGAGAGGAGAUACCUUACCCUCUCGACUUCGCUUGCCGGUGCGGCUCCGGGAAACCGUACGAGAAGUGCUGUAUGAAGCGCAAUAUGCAGUUCAAGGAGAAAUGGGACCCGCGGACGCUGCGGCUCAUACCCGUCGAGGAAGGUUUGAGGAGCAAUGUCUUCCCCGCCGGAAUGGACCCGAAGGUCCUCGACAGACUAGGCCCGAACUUGGAGCGCAUGCAAGAUCUGUACGGCAGCUUCGGCUUUGGAUGCGUCCACAGGCUGGCGCAGGAGAAGAGGGGCAUCAAGACUGAGAAUUGGGUCUUCUGGGACGAUUUCGCUCGCAAGGUCGAGAAAAGGCUCGUCUCUCGCGGACUGGUCGACCCUGCGUUCUGCUAUCCCCUUUCCCGGCACUGUGGUCUCCCAAUACCCAAUGGUCGCAGCAUCAGCAAGGAGGAAGGCAUCGAGACGUCGACGGAGUGGAACGGCUUCGUCGACGAGUAUAUCGCUAAAGGGACGGACCCACGGGACCCUCUUGAGAUAGCGAGAGUGGCGAAGAUAGGCACAUCCUGCGGCGCUCUUUACCGGACUUGCGAGGGAUCGAACUGCGAGAAACUCGAAGGGAAGGACGUACCAAAGCUGUUGGUAUGCUCCAAGUGCAAAAUAUCGGUUUACUGCAGUAAGCAGUGCCAGGCAAGUAACUGGAAAGAACACAAGCUUAUCUGUGGCAAGACUGGGCCGGAUGGGCAGGCGGAGCAAAUGCUGCCGUCACAAGUCGCGAUACAGAAAUAUCUUAUGCCCGACAUGUUCAAGCAAUUGCUCAGGGAUACAGACCUGAUAUUAGGAAAUACUCCACCUGAUGCCAAGUAG